AUGAUAGUUGUUCUAUCUGGAUCAACUGCAAGAUUAAAGUGGUCAUUUAGGGGCAAACUUUCUCAAACUACUCUGCUUUGGCAUUUCACAAGAAGAGGUAGUUCAAAUGAAGACGUACUAAUUGCUGGAAAAUUUGGCACUCGCGUUAAUGCUCAAGUAUUUGCAAGCAGCUCACCUGGGGUUGCAAUAGAAACGCCAGCAACGCUGGUUCUAAACAACGUUGAUGAAUGUUAUAAUGGAAAAUACCGGUUUACUGUUCAAGUAUAUGGUGGAAUUGCCCAAUAUGCUGUAGUGGAGGUUUUUAUUUUAG